AUGAAAGUGAUCAUCUUCCUCGCCUUUGCUCUCUUCCUCCAGGGAGCACUUGGGGUGCUAGUCUGCGAGGAAUUGCCGGUUGGUUUGUGCUCUUUCUCUGUCACUUCCUCUGGGAAGCGAUGCCUGUUAGAGACCUAUUUUGUCUUCUACAAUGUCAAAUUUGACUCAUUGACUGGGGAAUUAGACUGUGAGGAAUUGCCAAUUGGUUUGUGUUCAUUCUCAAUAGCAUUCUCUGGGAAGCGGUGCCUAUUAGAGACAUACGCAUCAAACGAUGGAACCACAGAUUUCAAAUGUAGGACAUCUGAAGUGUUGCAAUUAACUUGCACAAGUAUAUUGAGGCUGAUGAAUGUUUCACCGACAAGCUAUGCUCACCACAAUGUUACCAGAAAUGUCAUAACAUUGUUGAUCUUUACUACAAUUUGGCUCUGGGGGAAGAUGCAAAGUUCUAGUGUAGCUCUUGGCUCUAUAGCUGCUGCUGGUUCUAUGUCUACUGUUGCUCAUUCUCCAUCUUCGCCUGUAGAUUGUGUUCAAGCUCCAGUGUAA